AUGAAUAUACCACAACAACCAUUUGUUUUUUAUAAUCAAAAUAUUCCUAAAAUACCAAAAAAUCCUAGAGUACCAAAAAUACCAAGAAGACCUAGAAUUCCAAAUUAUAUUGCCGCAUGUGGAUGUUGUGGUAAUGAAAAUCAUAAUCAUUAUAAUCCUCAAUGUCCAUUUCAAAAUGGAUUAGUACAACCAUGUUUAAAUCCUAGAUUAAUAAAAUCAAUUAGAGAAUUAAGAUUAAAUGGUAAUGGAAAUAAUAAUAUUCCCCAUAAUGGAAUGGAUUUACAACCUAUAAGAAAUUUACAAAAUCAAUUUCAAAAUCUUCAAAAUCAAUUUCAACAACGUGAUCAAAGAUUGGUUAAUAUAAUUAGACAAUCAGAAAUCCAAUUAGAAACUAUAUUAGAUC